AUGGAGAGUCUCUCGAGAGUUAGAGCAGAAGGUGUAAAGAAGCUGCAGACCGGUGAAAGCGGUGGCAGUAGUGGCGGUGGCGGUGGCGGUGGCGGUGGCGGUGGCGGUGACGGUGACAGUGACGGCGGCGGUGACGGUGGCAGUGGCGGUGUCGGUGGCGGUGGUGGUGGCAGUGGCAACGACGACGGCAUCGAUAGUAGCAGCAGCAGCAGCAGCAGCAGCUACGGAUACGUCUACGGCUACGGCUACGGCUACGGCUACGGCUACUCGUGGCCGUAA